GGUAGUUUAGUAUCACCGGAUACCACCUGCUGAGCUAAGAGCUAACUGGGGUUUCCAUUACUGACCAGUUGCUGUACGGUCUACCGUCAUAACCAUGUCUCUCUGCGACGACACACUCCUAUGUAAUUUCCCAAAGUGUCGGAACAAGCUGAGUGGAUUCGCCUGGGUCACCGCAUGUUCACAUGUUUUCUGUGAUCAGCACGGAUCCGGUGAGUUCAGCCGGUCCCCCGCCAUCUGCCCGGCCUGCUCCUCUGCGCUGUCUGGGAAGCUGGACAUUGUGAGGACAGAGCUGUCGCCCUCGGAGGAGUACAAAGCCAUGGUGCUGGCAGGUCUGCGACCAGACAUAGUUCUGGAUAUCAGUGCUCGGGCUCUGGCCUUCUGGAGCUAUCAGGUCCAUCAGGAGCGUAUGUAUCAAGAGUACAGUCUGUCACGAGCCGACACGCAGCUGAAACAGAUGGAGAAGGUGUUGACCCAGCAGAACCAGAGCAGAGAACUGGAGCUCAACGCCAUGAGGGGGGAAAUCGCCUCCCUGAAGAAAGUGAUGGAGGAGUAUAAGAGGAAGUACAGUGAGGUGUCUGAGCGGCUGAUGGAGAGGAACAGACAGUACCAGAAACUACAGGGGCUGUACGACUCUCUGAGGCUGCGUAACAUGGUGGUGGGUGCGGGGGAAGUAGACACAGUGCCACAACCUGGAUAUCAAGACUUCAACACAGGGGUGGCUCGACAGGCGACUCCCCAGAGAAGCCCUCGGUCCUUUGCCCUCGGCCCUGAUAGGGACAGCCGAAUCUUCUCCUGCCUGGAGGCCGACGGAACCAAAACUUUCUUCCAGUUCAGCUCUCCUGCCUGGGAUAAGGGCCGACCCUUCAUCAGUAAUCACUGAGAAGAACAGGUUUCAUUAACUCAUACGCUAUUGAUGUAAUGUGUUCUGUUGGUUUAUUAUUCAUCGAGUUGCAGGUGUUUGCCUAAAGUGCCUUUUUGUUGCGGUUAUUAUAACUUUGAACCUUAAAUGUGUUUUGAACCGUUCUGUGACACACAUUGACUUUUAGUUGUCUCUGUACAUUUGGGUUAUAGUAAAAUACAGCCUCGUAUGUCUUUUCACAGAGCACGUCUGACAGGCUAUUUUGUAAUUUAGAUAGGACGUGUUCCAAUACAAGUAUAACCUUAAUUUACAGUAUGCCACAAGUUUAGAUUUAGUAUGUCCCAGUGCGGGAUGUCCUACUGUAUCCUACUAUUGUGGCCAUUUUGAUCUUCUGUCCUCAUGUACAUCACAGUGUCUCACAUAUUACAAAGCUGGAGCUGCCAAGAGUGCACAGACAGAUGGUAAAGCUUAAGGCACAAUAUUAUUACAAAUAAGUAUGUCCCAAUUGUAUGCGUACUGCACGAGACAGCGUGUUCUUUGUUUGGUCAAUUGCAGUUCAUACUGAAAUUAAAAAUAAAAUGCAGGGAU